CUAUAAAUAAUCCAUGCAUCUUGAUCACCAAACACUACACAAUUAAGCCACACAAAAUAACAACAACUCGUCAAAUAAAUUAACCCCAUCAGCUAGCAUAGUGCCGAUAUCCAUAUGGCCAAGGCACACGCAGCAACGACGACGACGGCGGCGGCGGUGCUCGCCGUGGCGGUGAUCCUCGCCGCGUCGGCGGGGCUCGCGCACGGCGUCUGCAACCUGUCCGACGCGGGGCUGGAGGCGUGCAAGCCGGCGGCCGCGGUGCGCAACCCGACGGACACGCCGUCGUCGCAGUGCUGCGCCGCGCUGGCCUCGGCCGACCUGCCGUGCCUGUGCCGGUACAAGGGCUCCGCCGCCGCCCGCGGGUGGAUGAGGUUGUACGGCGUCGACCUCAACCGCGCCAUGACGCUGCCGGGCAAGUGCGGCCUCACCUUGCCGGCGCGCUGCUGAUCUAUCGACCAGUCGUGACGUCGGCGAUUCAGGAAAACCGGUGGUGCUACAAGCUAGGCUCCUGGCUCCUGACCGCUAACGCUGGCUUCCAAUAUAUAAUCCUAUCACCAACAAUUAUACUAUAGUUGAAAAAAAUAUUGGGGUGAUGCCAUAUUUCCAGCGUUAAAUUUGGUAUCUUUAACGUACUUUUGUAUCAAUAUCAGUUAUGUUAUAUCUAAAAACAUAUAUAUACCAAACAAUAUAUAUGCUAGGAUGUUGUAAAGCAGCAAGAGGAUAUGAAUAAACAUCUAUGUAUUUAUGUGCUUUUUGUUCAAGUCUAAAUUUAUCGAGAUUUGCUCUAGGCCAACAAAAAAUAUCUCGAAG